CGAAAGUAGCGGCCGGAGGCGGAGGAGAGCGGCGCAGCCGGCACCGCGCCCCGCUGAGCCGGGGAGGGCCGAGCCGCGAACGCUGCGCGGAGUUUUAUGUGCUGCCAGAUUCUGACGAAUAGCAGAAUGGUUGAUGCAGGCACCAAAAUGAAACCGUGCAGCUCCGAAACCCUUCGUUAGGCGUGCAAGAUGCAUCACACAGCGACGUGGGGAAGAUGGCCAUUGCCUUGUCGUGUGGAAAGUGCUUCCCCUUUUAAAAUUCAUGCUUCCUGUACGUGAGAAAUAGCAAAUGAAGACUGAGAGAUGAGGAAAUUGUAAAGAACUGCUAAUCCAGCUGUAGCUCAGAGCUAAUUAAAGCUACACACUGGCAGCUUUUCUGCAAGUCUGACCUGAGUUUUUCCUAAACAUCAUGGGAGAGAUUAAAGUCUCUCCUGACUACAACUGGUUCAGAAGCACAGUUCCUCUUAAAAAGAUAAUAGUGGAUGAUGAUGACAGUAAGGUCUGGUCGCUGUACGAUGCAGGACCUAGGAGCAUUCGGUGCCCACUCAUAUUUCUUCCUCCUGUAAGUGGAACUGCAGAUGUGUUUUUCCAGCAAAUUUUGGCACUGACCGGAUGGGGUUACAGAGUUAUUGCUUUGCAGUACCCAGUGUAUUGGGAUCACCUUGAGUUCUGUGAUGGAUUCAGAAAACUGCUAGACCACCUUCAGCUGGAUAAAGUUCAUCUUUUUGGAGCUUCUCUGGGAGGCUUUCUGGCUCAAAAAUUUGCUGAAUACACACACAAAUCUCCCAGAGUUCAAUCUCUGAUUCUGUGUAAUGCCUUUAGUGACACUUCCAUCUUCAAUCAGACAUGGACAGCAAACAGCUUUUGGCUGAUGCCUGCUUUUAUGCUGAAAAAAAUUGUCCUUGGGAAUUUUGCAUCUGGUCCUCUAGAUCCUGAAAUGGCUGAUGGGAUUGAUUUCAUGGUGGACAGGCUCGAGAGUCUGGGCCAGAGUGAGCUUGCCUCAAGACUUACCCUCAAUUGCCAGAACUCCUAUGUGGAACCUCAUAAAAUUCGAGAUAUCCCUGUAACUAUUAUGGAUGUGUUUGACCAGAGUGCACUCUCAACUGAAGCAAAAGAAGAAAUGUAUAAGCUUUAUCCUAAUGCCAGAAGAGCUCAUCUCAAAACAGGAGGCAAUUUCCCUUAUCUCUGCAGGAGUGCUGAGGUCAAUUUAUACAUUCAAAUUCAUUUACUGCAGUUCCAUGGUACCCGGUAUGCAGCCAUUGAUCCCUCUAUGGUCAGUGCAGAAGAACUGGAAGUCCAAAAAAUCAGUCUUCAUACCAGCAGUGAGCAAGAAGAGCAGUAGGUUUUUCUGACUGCCAAUGAAAAUGAGGAAUCAGUUUGGUGGUCUUCCUGUGUACAAUCAUCUGUUCCUACUCUGCCUUUCUCCUUGUGUUAGCCGAUUAUCACUGUGCGAUUCCAGCAGGAUCAAGUCAGUGAGCCACUCAUGGACAAUAAACAUUCAACAAUGUAAUAGGGCAUCUGUUUAAUUUUCAAUUAGUCUUUGAAUUCAAGAAAAUACCUUUGAAGACUACAGUUUUAAAAACAAAGACAUUUUUGCUACCAAAGUCUUCACUAUCAUGUUCUUAAACAGAACGGUAUUUCUUUUUAUAUUUUCACUCAGCUGUAUAUAUUGCCACAUGCAGUUUGUGUACUUAUAAGCUGACAUAUAUUUUUGUUGAAUAUUUGAUUUAAAAGAUGUUUAAGUGCCAAUGUUGCCAUCACUUAUUUGCUCUAUAUGUUGUGUUGCAAGUUAGUUUCUAUUUGAAAUUUUUAACUUUCUUGCUAGCUGUUAAAAAUAGUUUUCAAUAAAACUUCGAUUUCA